AGCAAUCUGAGUUGACUUCACCAUCUUGACGACUACUGAACCGAGAGACAGCAGUUGAAUCGCUCUUGUUUAGUUGCCAGAAACGGCCAACCGGCCAGAAUGGCUACUGGAAGAGGGGCGGUCGCAAGUGGCAGAAGGGGCGGCCAUUCGGGACGAGCUACUGCUGCCCCUGCUGGCCAGGCAAAUGUAGCAGAACACAAUCUUUUGGAAAUGUCAUCGCCAGUAUCAUCUCCAGCUUCUCCAACUCCAAGCCCUCGGAAGCGAACCCCCCGAAAGGCCGCGCCCCGGGGCAAGUGGAGCGAGGAGCAGUUAUUGACGAGCGACGAGUCCGUCCUUAUCGAUGCUGACCUAGUGAAGCUCCUGGCUAGACCUGAAACCUGGGACAUUCUUGAAGAAGAGGAGAAACGUGAGAUUCUAGCUCUCCUCCCUGCCGAUACCCACCCAGCUUCAGAGCUCCUACCCGACGACCCCGACGUGAGAAUCCCCCCACUUCCGGAUUCGUUCGUUCGAUACUCCAAUAACUGGCGCGAUGGCAUUCGUCAGUUUCAACUUGAUCUUCAGAAUGGCCGAUUUGACCCAGAAUGGCUGCGCCAAGCCGAGGCUGCGCGGCGGAAACGAGAGAAUGGAGACUUUGAUACCUUCAAGGAGCGCGAGUUUGAGAAAUUUUGGGGUCAGAAGCAGCGGACUGACAUGUCUGUGGUUUCGGGGGAAAGCUCAAAAAUCAAGCUCACUCAGCUUAUUGAAGCGGGUGUCUUUUUGGUUGGGGAUGUCUGGCGGUUCUGCUACGUUUGGGGCAAGGGACCCGACCGAGUGAUUAUCGACAAAGAAAUACAUGAAAUUAAUGACCAAAAGCUUUCGUUCGUGGUCCCUACCGGUCAGCGGGUCUUUCUCCUCUCGCAUGCAGACAUCGAAGAGCGAAAGCAAGAUUCUCUCCAGAACAAUGGCUAUGACACAGAGAUCCCUCAAAAGACAGAAAAUACAACGAACGGGGCGUCUGAAUCAAAACCUCCAAAGGAAGAGCAUCGCACAGCUGAUAUCCCGGAGAAAGAGGAACUUCAACCCAUGGAAGGUCUCCAAGAAACGGAUACAGCUCUAAAGCUGGAAGAGCCAGUUGCAAGUAUCAGGCAAAAAGAUCUUACCGGUAUUGAGGCACUGAAAGUGCCAGCGGACCCAGAAGCGAAACCCCUCAAUGAGAAUGGAUCAGUCCAGGUUGUGAUCGUUAGCCCACGGCAUAACUUAACUGCGGCCGAACAGGGGUCCAAGCGACCGACACCACUUCCUGCCGUUGAGCCUCCAGCAAAACGUAAGCGCGGACGUCCUCGGAAGCGACCUCCUUCACCUGUACCAGAGGUUGAACCUGAGGCGGAAGCCGUACCUGAACCUGGACCUGGACCUGAUCUUGAGCUCGAGCGCGAGUCUGGCGUUCAAGUUAUAAUUGGUGCUAGAAACUUUGCACCUGCACGAACACAGGCACUUUCACAAAUCAUUAUCCCUCCGCUUCCGGCGGCUGCGCCCUCAUCGUCCACAAACAAUGACUCUACGGAUUUGACAGAGCCCAAGCCUGAUGGGCAUGGGGCAAUCUUUUUAUCCCGUUCACCAGCCACAUCAUUUUCUCUAUCUUCUCCAUUAUCUGAACCUCCCGGAGGGCUCAUCGAUGACUUUAACGAUGAACUUAUCGAAGAACCCAUCAUCGAGCCUUCUGCAGAGCUCUUGGAUGGGCCUACCGAAGAACCUACCGAAGAACCUACCGGAGAACCUACCGGAGGACCUACCGAAGAGACCACUGGAAAGGACAUCAAACAACCGUUCGAAGAACCGAAGGAAAUGCCUACUACUGAAGAGCCCAUUAAAAUCCACGCCGAACAGGCAGCUGAAAAGCUCAUCGAAGAGCCUCCACAACCUCCGUCGGAAUUGCAGACAACUUCCAAUGAGCCCGUCGAAAUUAUCCUAUCUAAUAUAUCAACGCCGAUGGUCUUGGUCCGUGAGAUACUCCGAAUCGACGGCCGGAAGGCGGGUAGUCGCACUUCCAAUUCAUGGAAAGAGAUUCGGUGUUAUCGCAAGAAUCAGGACAUGGGUAGUCUCUUCGACGUGAGGCAAAUCUGGUUUGCCAAGCAGAAGUGAGCGUUUACUUGCAGUCAGGACAGCAGUAAUUGACAAUGGGCGCUUCGACUCAAGACGAGCAAGGGCUCUCAUGCAUAGUGUAACAUAAUAAUUCGGGUUUGCAGCUACGUUCAGUGAAUUCCGCAGAGAUGAGGAAAAGUUUCAUUGGGCCAUAACUGAUAAUGAAGGAUGAUAUCAGCUCAUAAAACUAGUUCAAUUUAGUUGCCCAUCCCUGAUAUCACCUUCUUAGGAUGAUCAUUCAAGUUGUGGUGUUGCAAGUCUUCCAGAGCUUGAAUCAGCCCGCACUUUCAAGUUAUUCAUGGAGUGAAAUGAAUACUUACGCAUUUCCCCAGAGGACCAAGUUGAAUUUGCAAAAGCUCUCGGUGCGAAGUCAGCGUGGACUUGCCACAGGUCUAGUACAUUCAGCAUUACAUAUUCUUGGUAACAAAGCCUUCAUAAUUUAAGAGUUCUCGAGAAUACGCACCCUG